AUGAACAAUGAAGUUAAUCCGACGAUUGAAUUUAUAGACUUGAUGGACAAGCUGUUCGAUACAUUCAACUCAAGAUUUGAGCAAGAUAAACUGAAGAUUACUCAAUUAAUUCCGGCAUCAGUAGUCGAAUCUCCGUGGAUUACGUUUACGAGAAAAAGCGCCACGUUCGACUGCCAAGGAUUGCAUGCGAAUCAGAUUAAUCAUUUUGAUGACAGUACUAUUUCUACGAAAAAGUUCGCGACGAGGAGAAGGGCUCCAGAAUUCUUUGCCUUAGAUUCGAAUUUCAUUUGGUAUCUGACGCUUAUUCCAGAUGAGGGAAAGCGUCAGGUUUCGGAGAAAAUCGUAAAGAUCAGUAAAACAACUGCGGUCACGAUUAAUUGCAUCGUUCGAAAAAGCAGCUCAAACAUGUUGUGGUGGAAUAAUAUGCCGAAUUACAUCAGCAGCAACUCGGACGAUAUUAAGAAAAAAAACUCCGGUACGCAAGACUCCGAACUUCGGUCUGCAGUGUAUACGAAUCUCAUGAACGACCCGAAACUGUUCGGCAGAGCAUGGCCCGCUGCUGAGAAUGUUGGCUGGCAAAAACGGCAGAGUUAGUUAGGAAUUUUGGUCAUCCGUAAACUAAUGUUGCUUGUGGAACAGCUCAUCUUGAUUACUACUGAAGUAAGGAAACGUCUUGAAGAAAUUGUUCUCAUACGAAUUCAUGUGACAACCUUCGGAGCAGCAUACUGAAUCGGUUCUUGGGAGGUGGAUUCGAACGACACCGUUUCAAAAUUUGUUAGCGAUAAAUUU